CCGUGGACAGCACAGGCCCCUUCUCCAGGACCCUGCAGCUACCGAGAGGACGCCUCAGGCUUCGGAGAUCCCAUCAGCACCGCGGACAGCGCCCGGGCCCUCGCUGUCCUCGGCCAGCCAACUCGCUCUUCCAGUCAGUACCGCGGACAGCCCCCCUGGACCAGCCCUGAGUCAGCCUAGGAGUGGUCAGCAGCUGGUGAAGAUGGCCACUGAGGUCCACAAUCUUCAGGAGCUCCGGCGAAGUGCUUCAUUGGCCACCAAGGUCUUUAUCCAGAGAGACUACAGCGAUGGCACCAUCUGUCAGUUCCAGACCAAAUUCCCACCAGAGCUGGAUAGCCGGAUUGAGCGGCAGCUCUUUGAGGAGACCGUGAAGACCCUCAAUGGUUUUUAUGCGGACGCUGAGAAGAUAGGGGGCAGCUCCUACCUAGAGGGCUGCCUGGCCUGUGCCACAGCCUACUUCAUCUUCCUCUGCAUGGAGACCCACUACGAAAAGGUUCUCAGGAAGAUUUCCCGUUAUAUCCAGGAACAGAAUGAGAAGGUCUUUGCUCCUCGAGGCCUUCUGCUCACAGACCCCGUGGAACGUGGCAUGAGGGUUAUCGAGAUCUCCAUCUACGAGGACCGGUGCAGCAGUGGCAGUUCCAGUAGUGGCAGUAGUAGCGGCAGCGGCAGCAGCAGCGCUGGCGGGGGCGGAGCGGGGGCCCGGUGACUGGCCGAGAGUCCCUGCAGGGAGGUGUAUGGCCGGAGCGAGGGGCUGGCAGAUCUGCGGAGGCUGCGCUACCAGAGCACCCGCUUCUGAGUCUUUCUCUGGGCCCACCCAGCCAUGUGGCGCGGGGAAGAGGGCAACUGUCCUCGGCCCGUUGCCCCUUGGCAGGAUCUUCCUCUUUCUGACCCUGGAGCCUU